AUGUGGUCCGUGGGCGUGCUCACGUACAUCCUCCUCGGCGGCUACCCGCCGUUCUACGACGACGACCAGAACCGGCUCUACGCGAAGAUCAAGAGCGGCAACUACGAGUUCCACGAGGACUACUGGGGCGGCGUGUCCAAGGAGGGCAAGGACCUCAUCAUGAAGCUGCUCACGGUCAACCCGUCGGACCGCAUCACCGCGGAGCAGGCGCUCGGCCACCCGUGGAUCGUCUCCGACGACGAGGCGCUCAAGGGGUCGGACCUCGGCGUCAACCUGCGCGCCUUCAAGCGCUACAACGCCAAGCGCAAGUUCAAAUCCGCGGGCAAGGCCCUCAUCGCCGCGCGGCGGCUGUCGCUGGCCAUGCGGCCGGACCCCGCGGUCCGCCGCUGA